ACCAGCUACAGUUCCUUCCGACAGAGGCAGGAUACAAGAGUGGCUGCUUUCUGCACGCCGAGCACAUCACAGGGACACUGCUGGGCACUGGGACAAUGCCACACUUUUUCUCUCACAACUUCCUCUUGCUAGCAGGCCUGUGUUGUCUGCUCCCUGGACCCCAGAAUACAGGUGCCUCAGACCUCAACAAGAAGCGAGAAAGCACCCAAUGCCAGAAUUUUGCCCCUACCAUCACCAAUAUAUCUUUGUUCUUGCUCCAAAAGGCAAUCCAUUGGCCAGAACACACCAACUUGGUGUUUUCCCCAGUGAGCAUUAUAGCUGCCUUCGCAAUGCUCUCCCUGGGAACUAAGGGAAAUACUCACAAACAAAUCCUAAAUGGGAUGGGGUUCGAUCUCAUGAAGAUGCCUGAAACGAAGAUCCACAAAUGCUUCCAGCAUCUCAUCCACACAUUCCUCCAGCCAAACCACCAGCUCCACAUGACCAUAGGUAGCAGCCUGUUCGUUCAUAAGAAUCUGAAGGUGGAGAGCAAGUUCAAAAAGGCAGCUAUGGAGCUGUACAACUCAGAAACCAUCCCCAUCAACUUCAAAGACAUUCAAGCAGCCAAGACGCAGAUCAACAAGCACGUGAUGAAAGGAAGCUAUGGGCAUGUACUAAAGGUGGUUGGGGACCUGCCCAUUGACACAGUUCUUGCCCUGGUGAACUUCAUCUCCUUCGAUGGAGUCCAGAUUGGUGAAUUUGAAGCUGAGCGUUUGGACAAAUUAGAGUUCCAACUAGAUACAGGCAAGGUGGUUACAGUGCCCAUGGUCAAACGCCAGGGCAAAUUUUACCUGCUCAAGGAUAAUACUCUGUCCAGCUGGGUGCUGAUGCAGCCCUAUGUAGGGAAUAUCAUGGCCUUCUUCAUCUUGCCAGAUGUAGGAAAGAUGGAGGAACUGAUACAAAACCUGAGUCAUGAGUGUCUCAACAGCAUCCACAAACGCAUUAAAACAAGGAGUUCCAACUUGUCUUUCCCCAAAUUUACCAUUUCUACAACCUACGACCUGAAGAAAGUCAUGAAUACUCUGGGCAUCACCCAGAUCUUCAGCAACAGGGCUGAUUUCUCAAAAGCCAUAAGGGAUGAACAUGUGAAGCUGUCCAAGGCUAUGCAUAAGGCUGUGCUGGGAGUUGAAGAUAAACAGUGGGAAGAAUUGGACUUUCCUGAUUUGCACAAGAAUUUGCUGCCUGAUGGCCCCUCUGUGGAGUUCAACAGGUCCUUCCUAGUCAUCCUCAAAGAUAUAACCUUCAACCUUCCUUUUCUCAUGGGCAAGAUAAAGGAUCCCAAAACAAAAUAGUCACACUUGAGCACCAGUUCCACUCUCCCCACCAGGUUCUUUCCCCAGAUGACUUCCAGCGUGGGCAUCACAUGUAACUGGGGGGUGGAGGCUACUUCUGCUCAUCCCGGGUAUAGAUGGCAAUGCCAAACCAAAGUAGAUGAUAAAUAAAUAAAUAAAUGUUUUUAAAAAGGCUGCUUAUCCAAGUCCCGCUUGGUAAACAAAUGACUUCACUGGGUGUUCUUUAUGAGAGUGUGGGUUCAUGGUUAUUUACAGGAGCAUGAACUUUUUAGAAGCUACGUGUUUGAACAGCCUAACAGCAACGUGGGAGGAACAUCAGGAGAGCAGUGUGACUGAAAUUCCUUACUUGACUUACAGGCAGCCAUAUCAGGGAAGCGACCCCCAUCUUGGCAGUAAUCUACUGCUUAUAUCACCUCAGGAAGGGGUCUGGGAAAUCUUGUCUCUCCAGCCUCUGAGGUUCCUCUCCCUCCAUGAGAAAACGUUC